AUGAGCUCGGAACGCAGACCUUCCAUGGCCGAACGCCGCUCCUCUACUACAACACGUCCACACUUUGACUCAAACUUAUCCACAUCUUAUACCACCCAAGGCGGUAUAGGAAAUACGUCAAGAAGACCUUCCGUGGUUCCUCAUCUAGCUGGCUUAGAAAAACCACUCCCAGAGUCCAUCCCUGACCAAUGUGAUGUUGUUAUAGCUGGUACUGGGUUGAUAGAAAGUAUACUGGCUGCUGCGUUAGCAUGGCAAGGUUCAAAUGUCCUACAUAUAGAUGCAAAUAAUUAUUAUGGUGAUAAUACUGCUACUUUAACAAUAGAUCAGUUGAAGAAUUGGGUUCAAAAAGUUAAUAACAAUGAAGUUGAUGGGUUCAAAAAUGCACUGUUAUAUAUUCCAAGUGGUAAUGAAUUAAAAUCAAGAGAUUUCGGUAUUGAUUUAACUCCAAAAAUAUUAUUUGCCAAAUCAGAUUUAUUAUCUUUAUUAAUUAAAUCAAGAGUUUAUAAAUAUUUGGAAUUUUUACCAUUAAGUUCUUUUCAUUUUUUCGAAAAUGAUAAUUUUGAAAAAAUGUCAAAUACAAAGCAAGAUAUUUUCACUAAUCAAUCAUUAUCAUUAAUUACAAAAAGAUCUUUAAUGAAAUUCAUUAAAUUUGCUAUAGAUUGGGAAAAUCAACAAGAUGUUUGGGAAAAUUAUAAAAAAGAAUCAAUUGAAAAAUUCUUGAAAGAACAAUUUAAAUUAGAAAAACCUCAAAUAUUUGAAUUGAUUUUUUCAAUUGGGUUAUGCAAUAAUUUAUCAAUAUCAACUCCUGAAGCCUUAGCAAGAAUUAAAAGAUAUUUAAUAAGUUUUGAUGUUUAUGGUAAUUUCCCAGUCAUGUAUUCAAAAUAUGGUGGUGCAGGUGAAAUUUCCCAAGGUUUUUGUCGUAGUGCUGCAGUUGCUGGUACAACUUAUAAAUUGAAUACUAGAUUAGAAUCUUUUGAUCCAAAGACAAAAAUUGCUAAAUUUUCUGAUAAUUCUAAAAUUAAAGUUAAUGAACAAGUUAUAUUAUCACCAUCUCAAGCUCCAUUAAAUUCAAAAUUUAUUCCAAAUCAAGAUUAUGAAAUUCAAAGAUUAACUGUCAUUGUUAAAAAAGACUGUAAAGAAUGGUUUGAAAAUGGAGAAAGUGCUUCCAUUGUUGUUUUCCCUUCAGGUUCCUUAUCAAAUAAUAAUAAAGAAGCUGUUCAAGCUAUUAUAAUGAGUGAAGAUACUGGAAUAACUGCUAAAGAUACUUGUGUUUGGUAUUUAUCCACUACUGAAAAAGGUCAAAAGGGUCGUUAUGAUUUAGAAAAUGCUUUAAAAGCAAUGGAAAAUGCAAUUUUAAGAGAAAGUUCUGAUCAUUUAGAUAAUGAGGAUGGGAUUUUUGAAAAUGGUACAGGAAUGAUAAAUUCAGUUAAAUUAGGUCAAUCAUUUAAAGAUUUUGUUCCAAAAGAAAAAAUCCAAUAUCUAUUAAAGAUUUUCUAUGUUCAAAAAACUUCAAUACCGCAUUCAGGUAUUGUUAUUCCAAAUCAAUAUAGAAAAAAUUCAAUUCAACCAACAUUUGAAGAUCCUUCAGCUCCAGAUAAUGGAGUUAUCUAUUCAACUUUACCUUCAAGUGAAAUAUCAUAUGAUGGUAUUAUAACUGCUGCAAAGAUUUUAUAUGAAAAAAUUGUUGGAUCAGAUGAUGAUUUCUUUGAUGUUGAUUUUGAAGAUGAAGAUGAAGAAAUUUCAAAUUUAACUGGUAAUAACAAUGAUAAUAAUACUUCAACUUAUGAUGAUAAUGUUUCUGAAAGUGUUGAAUUUGCUGAUGAUAUGGAGUUAUAG